CAGCCGCUGAGGGAAGGGCGCAGGGAAGAUGAACCCGCUCAAAAUGUCUUGAGAGCAGCUGUUUAUUCCUUUUAUCCCUCUGUUUACAAUGUCGUCAGCAAGACCGUGAAGAUUUGGUUCAAAGAAAGAAAGAAAAGCAGCGCGUCGCGUUCCGAGAUGGAGACUCUUAUACCCAUCAUUAACCGCCUGCAGGAGGUUUUCCUCACUGUUGGAGCCGAGAUCAUUCAGCUUCCACAGAUUAUGGUGGUUGGAUCACAGAGCAGUGGAAAGAGUUCAGUGCUGGAGAGCUUGGUUGGACGUGACUUUCUGCCCCGUGGCUCUGGAAUAGUCACACGUCGCCCUCUAGUGUUGCAGCUGGUGAAUGUGCCUCCACUGGAGGAGCGUCGGAAACAAGAGCAUGGAAAUGGAACCAAAGCAAACUCUCAGUGCAGCUAUCCAGGAAUCAAAGCAGAAGAAUGGGGAACCUUCCUUCACUGCAAAAACCAGAUUUUCACAGAUUUCUCUGAAAUUCGAAAGGAAAUCGAAGAGGAGACUGAACGCACCACUAACAACAAGGGUAUCAGUCCGGAGCCCAUCCACCUGAAGAUUUACUCCCCUAACGUUCUAAACCUCACCUUGGUCGACUUGCCUGGAAUCACCAAGGUUCCAGUUGGUGACCAGCCGGAGGACAUCGAGACUCAGGUUCAGGAGAUGAUUCUGUCCUUCAUCUCCAACCCCAACUCCCUCAUCCUGUGCGUGUCCCCGGCUAACUCGGACCUGGCCACGUCAGACGCUCUCAAACUGGCCCGUGAAGUGGACCCAGAUGGUCGGCGGACUCUGUUGGUUGUGAGUAAGCUAGAUCUGAUGGAUGCUGGAACCGACGCACUGGAGGUUCUACUGGGCCGUGUCAUUCCGGUCAGACUGGGCAUCAUUGGAGUGGUCAACAGGAGCCAACAUGACCUGAACACCCAGAAAACCGUGGCAGACGCUUGCCGUGAUGAACAGGCCUUCCUGCAGCGCCACUAUCCGUCGCUGGCCUCACGAUGCGGCUCGCGCUACCUUGCCCGCACCCUGAGCCGCCUGCUGAUGCACCACAUCCGCGACUGUUUGCCCGAGCUGAAGACCCGCGUGACCGUGCUGAGUGCCCAGUACCAAGCCCGUCUCAGCAGCUAUGGGGAGCCUGUGGAGGACCACAGUGCCACCCUUCUGCAGAUCGUCACCAAGUUUGCCACUGACUACUGCAACACCAUUGAGGGCACGGCCAGGCACAUCCAAACCUCUGAACUGUGCGGUGGUGCUCGGAUCUGUUACAUAUUCCAUGAGACAUUUGGGCGAACUCUACAGUCCAUAGACCCGCUGGGAGGACUCACUGAGCUGGACAUUCUCACGGCCAUCCGAAAUGCCACAGGUCCACGGCCGGCACUGUUUGUUCCAGAGGUGAGCUUUGAGCUGCUGGUGAAGAGGCAGAUUAAAAGACUGGAGGAACCCAGUCUGCGCUGUGUGGAGCUCGUGCAUGAGGAGCUGCAGAGGAUCAUCCAGCACUGCUCAUCUUACAGCACGCAGGAACUCUUGCGGUUUCCUAAAUUGCAUGACUCAAUAGUGGAGGUGGUGACCAGCUUACUCAGAAAACGUCUUCCAAUCACCAAUGAAAUGGUCCAUAAUCUGGUGGCGAUAGAACUGGCGUACAUCAACACCAAACACCCAGACUUCACAGAUGCUGCGCAAGUGUCCGCUUCAGUUAACAGCCAGCAGACUGAGUCGCUGGAUGGAGGGAAGCGAUGGAAGAAUGAGAAGAUGCCAUCAGAGGAUAAAGGCCUGGUACCAGGUUUUGGAAGCCCUGCUAAAGCAGUAAACCUGCUGGACACAGCAGUGCCGAUCUCCAGAAAGCUGAGCACUCGUGAGCAGCGGGACUGCGAAGUCAUCCAGCGUCUCAUCAAAUGCUACUUCCUCAUUGUACGCAAGAACAUCCAGGACAGCGUGCCUAAAACAGUGAUGCAUUUCCUGGUGAACUUUGUGAAGGAGCGGCUGCAGAGUGAGCUGGUGGGGCAGCUCUAUAAGCAGCCUUUGCUGCAGGAGCUCCUUAUCGAGUCUCAGGACACGGCACAGCAACGAACAGAGGUCUCCCAGAUGCUGGAGGCACUGAAGAAAGCCAACAACAUUAUCUCAGAGAUCCGAGAGACUCACCUGUGGUAGCUGAGCAUCCUCAGCAGCGGCGUGUUGAGUGCAUGUGUGUGUACGUGUCUGUAUGUAUGUACCAAACGUUUCAUAUCUACGUCAAAUACAUAUUUAAAGACUUUCAGUGAGCACAUGCAUCAAAAUAUAUUUAUGAACACAUUUGUACACAGCAUUUUUCAGGUACUUGAUUCUAAUGUAUAUACACCUGUUUCUUUAAAUAUGUAUUUGAAUGUGAGUGUAUGUGUGUGUGAGUGUGUGUGUGCGUGUGUGUGUGAGUGUGUGUGAGAGUGCUUAUGAGGUGAGCUGGAGUGUUUGUUUACCCAUACUGUCGGCCAGAUGGAAAUCAUACCACAAGCAUGUCUAUUCUGUACCAAAGUCUUAGGCAUGCUGUGAAAAUGCACUGAGCUUUAAAGGAGUACUCUAGAAUGUUUCAAGCUAGUGUCUAGUGAUGCGGUCAUUUGCUACAUUUGAUCAGUAUUGGCACCGAUACUGAUCUCAUUAAACCAACCCACUAUUGGUACUGUUUCUUGGAAACAGUCGCUCUAAAAUUGAAGAGCGUAAUUCAGAAACGCGAUACAUAUCAAAUAUUUACUGUGUUUUUAUUAAUAGAACUGAAUGCUCUACUUACAGCUAAUAAUCAUGAAUGAUCACAUUACAUAUUAAACGGAUAUUGGCCAGACAUGACCGAUGCGCUAUCGAUACUGAAUUUUUUCCUGGACACAAAUUGACGAGCGUCAUUCUAUUCCACAAUGCACUUUUUUAUUAUUGGAACUGAAAAUACUGCUAAUAAUUAUAACUGUUCACAUUACAGGUAGUCUUAUUUUAAGAGAUGAAACAAGUGUUUCUUUUCAAAGAAGAAAUGCACCAUAUGUAUCUACAAAGCACAGCAGCAUGUCAAAAUAAAAGCCCUCUUAACAAGGCAUGAACCUGCAUGGCACAAUAAAAACCCUGUGCAGGAGAGCUUUAACUAUUCUGUUGUGCUACACACAGCAGUUAUUAAGUAACAAUUUCAGGCUUUUACAUUUCUGUCAAUUUAAAAUGAAAAUGGUCAGAUUUGUGGGUGAUUUUGAGAUAAGAACAUAAGUUGACAGUUAAGAUGACUACAGUGAUCAGUUAGACUAAGUAACCCUAAAAAAAAUGAAGAAUAUGGUUAAUUAUGAAGUAGUUAUUGACGUAAUUACCAAAAAUUCUUAAUAUACAUAGGUCAUGUUUUGGAAUGAUACUCUUCAAUUGUAACAGUACCUUAUAUGCAUCUGUAUAUCUGAUCGGUACUCUGUGUCAGCCAAUAUCCUGACUCGGUCACUUAAUGGAAGUCAGUUGGCAGUGCUGAAGCAGCUGUCCAUAGACUUCUACUAUAGGUAUGUUUUUAGCCCAUGGGUUUGCUGUUCUCUUUUAUGUACAGAGAAACAUGGAAGAAUUAUUGCCUGUGUAAUCGCCUAGAGACUAUGUUGAAACAGUACUGGAGUAUUCCUUUAAUUAUUAGGGCUCUGCUUCUCGAUAGAUACUUGGAAAUUCCUCAAACUCACUGUAAUUUUAGGAGCUUCUUCAGUUUCUGAAAUCUGCUGUGAAUAUUCUCUUCAUUUGCAGCCUUUCACAGCUAGAACUACACAUGACCUUGACUAAAAAACCUAUUUAUUUGAUUAGUAAUAAUGAUAAAGAUGAUUCAUUUUGAAAUAGAUGCAUAUGUAGAAGUUUUUCAGCAGCCCUUCCUAUAAUGCUGAACACGGACCAAUCGUAGUUUCCCUGCCAUCCUUAGCUAAAACUGACCAAGUCUGUGUAAUUGUCCCAAAAAGUCUGUGCCAAUUCCAUUCUCAUAUUUGGAAGUGUCCUGAAUAUUAUUAAACCACUUCUGGUCCUUGUGUUUGAUAAUGGAGUCCGCGUUCAAAUACAGGGGAAUUAUUCUUGCUGCCUGGGGGAUUCUUUAUGUAGACUGUCGAGAAUAAAGCCCUAUAAACAAUAACAAAUCAUGCAGAGCAUUGAUAUUUGUAAAAUGUCAGUAAAUUAAGGCUGUAAAUAUGAAUACAGAAGUGCGUGGUGUAAAGUUACUGGUGAAUAUUAAUAUGAAGCUUGGUUGUUAGAGCA